CUCUCUUCGUUCUCUGCACUUCGCCAAACCUUCUAACUCUCUCCGAAUCGUCCCCUCCACCGCCGCUCGAACCCUGCACACAACCCGACCCCUCCCAAAAGAUCCCUGGCCGCUCCCUCACAGCCCAGAACACCUCGCCUCAACAACAACACCCUCCGACAUCCCGCCCCCAACGCCCCUUCCACGCCCAAACGAAUCCGUACCGACCAUGCGCGCGAGGCUAGUCUAUCAGAGCCGGAAAAGGGGAACACUGGAGAGCGAUUUGUUGUUGAGCACGUUUGCGAGGGAGUGGUUGGGCGGGAUGGAGGAGGCGGAGUUGAGGGAGUAUGAUAAGCUCCUAGACGAACCAGACUGGGACAUCUAUUACUGGGCAACGAAGAAAAGGGCACCUCCGGAACGUUGGGCUAAUUCCUCGGUACUGGAGAAACUCGUCGUACACGCACGGAACGAGGGCAAGGCGGUCAGGAGGAUGCCAGACUUGAACUGAAGACUCACGAGCUAAGGGAGUUCUUUUGGUUUGACUCUGCACGGGUUUCGAGUACUGUGUAGACAGAGCCAUCGUACGCCUAUGUGCUGUCGUAUAUGAGUUCUGGAUGCUUUUGCUUAUCCCUAUGUCGUUUGACACUCGGAGUAUAACAUCCAAGAGCGCCACCG